AUGACUAAAGAUACUUUGUUAUUCAUUGCAGUUGAAUCCAACACAUACCGUAUUGGAUCUUUUUCUAUCACAGUGAAUGCAUUAGAAAAUUAUCUGUUGAUUCAGGGACGACAUGAUCGCGUUGUUUGGCAAACAAUGAAAAACAAGCCUUUUAUUCAAUCCUCUUUGGGACAAGAUACGUUUAAAAAUGGUGAUGGUGGUGUAUUCAGAAUUACUGAGAUAGAAGAUGGCCCUACCAAUACAACGCUCUCUCAGACAAUUCAAGAAGUCUCUUUUGAUAAACAAACACUAGUCUUUUCGGGCUAUUUGAAUUUUGCUGACCAAUCUCAUCAAAUCGAGUAUCAAGCUCAGUUUAGUGCAUGGAAUGAAAAGCAACUCGAGCUCCAUGUCUCUAUUAAUGACGGUGAUCGUAUUUUGCUUAGCUUUGCAAGUAAUGCUGGAGAAGACUUUUAUGGCUUUGGUGAACAGUUCUCUUACUCUACGCUCAAGGGACAAAAAGUACCUAUCUUUGUCAGAGAGCAAGGUAUUGGUCGAGGAGAAGAGCCAGUAACUUCUAUCUUGAAUAAUCCCGAGGGUGUUUUUGGUGAAUUUGCUGGCGGUGACAGCUUCACAACCUAUUGCCCUGUACCCCAAUUCAUUUCUACAGACAACCGAUCUUUCUUUCUAAAGAAUUCAGAAUACUCUAGUUUUGAUUUGCGUGACGAUGAUCGUGUUACUGUUCGUGUAAACACAGCUGUACUUGAAGGCCGUUUGAUCGACGGUGAUGAUUUACUUGAUUUGGUUUCGGAAUACACACUAUAUUCAGGUCGUAUGGAAGCUUUACCCGAUUGGAUUUCUGAAGGUGCUGUGGUGGGCAUGCAAGGUGGACAAGAAAAAGUUCGCAAGACAAUAGAAGAUCUUCAAAGACACAAUACACCUAUUGCUGCUGUUUGGUUACAAGACUGGUGUGGUAAGAGAAUUCAAAGAACACCUCAAGGUGCCGAGUUUAAGCGUCUUUGGUGGAAUUGGGAAAGUGAUGAUGUUCUCUAUCCUGACUGGUCUAGCUUUGUAAACAAGGAACUAAAACCACAAAACAUUCGCACUUUGGCUUAUGUCAACACCUUUUUGGCCAAUGUACAUGCAAAGCCCUCUUAUCGUAACAAUUAUUUCUUGGAAGCCCAAGAGAAAGGCUAUUUGGUCAAGAAAGCCAAGACAAAUCAAGCUUAUAUUGUCAGCAGUGGACCUAAUUUUGAAGCAGGUAUUUUAGACUUGAGUAAUCCUGAAACUAUAAGCUGGUUCAAGGCGAUCGUCAAGAAACAAAUUUGGGAUGCAGGUAUUUCAGGCAUGAUGACGGAUUUUGGAGAGUACUUGCCUUAUCACAGUGAUGUGAUUGAAUUGGCAUCAGGUGUAUCCCCAGAAGUCUAUCAUAACCGAUACCCUGAAGAAUGGGCAAAGUUGCAUUCUGAGCUGUUGCAUGAACUUGGGUUGAUUUCAGAAGCUGUUCUGUUCUAUCGUGCUGGUUUCACUCGUACACCUGGCUACAUUAACUUGAUGUGGGCUGGCGAUCAGAAUGUUGCUUGGGACGAACAUGAUGGUAUCAAGAGUGCAGUUACCGGUAUGCUCUCAGGUGGUUUCUCAGGUUUUUCGAUUACACACAGUGAUAUUGGCGGGUACACAACCAUUCUGGCUGCUCCUUUGCUAGAGUUGGUUCGAUCCAAAGAAUUGCUAUUUAGAUGGAUGGAAUUAUCUGCUUUUACUGCUGUCUUUAGAACACAUGAAGGUAUCAUUCCUGAUGCUAAUGCCCAGUUUUAUGAUGACGAAGAAUCUCUAGCUCAUUAUGCUUAUACAGCCAAGUUAUACAAAUCAUUGAGUCCUUAUAGAAGAAGCUUGAUUCAAGAAGCACAUACUAAAGGCUGGCCACUCAUGAGACAUCUUGUGCUCUAUUAUCCCCAUGAUCCUAUCGUUCGCCACAUCAAAUAUAGUCAAUAUCUGUUAGGCAAGAGUCUUUUGAUUGUACCCACGCUUAGCCCUGGCCUAUCCCAUGUCAAAGCUUAUCUCCCCAAAGAGGAAGGUAUUACCUGGCGACAUAUUUGGACAAAUCAAACCUAUACCGCAGAUGGACAGCAUAUUGAAAUUGAAGCACCCUUCAAGAAACCUGCUGUUUUCAUUAGAGAACCACGCGAAGAUCAUGAAUUACUAGAUGACUUUUUGACUUUUGUUGCUCAUCAAUAA